AUGGCUAAUUCGUCCACCAACAAGAAGGAUGCUCAGGCACCUGGUGCCUGGGCUUAUUUCUUCUGCCUCAACACGAUGUUGUUGGAGGCUGUCCUCUUCGUGUACAUGGCAGUAACCAUUCUUUCCAGGUCUACGGCAGAAGAGAUGGACCUCAACGGGUCUUUGGGACUGAGUUGGUUGAUUAUUGCAUUUGUCAUUGCUAGAGGUGCAUUGAGCCCUUCCGAUAUCGUUAAGCGAGAGAGUACCUUGGUGAUGACCAUAUUUCAUGCACUCAACUCGGUAUUCAUUGUUUACCAGUACUUCUUCAAUGAAGCUGUGGAGACUAGUUUAAACGCAUUUUUGGUGGACCUCUCCGUUUCUAUCGGCCUGUUCCUGGCUAGCCUCUACUGCAACCACAUUUAUCGACGGACGCUACAACUAGCUAACGCCGAAUCGCCCGUUACAGAGAGUGUAGCAGCAUCAGGGAAAGACGCGAAGAAGGGUACGGCGAAAAAGGCCAAAGCUGUUAAGACUGCAUAG